AACUUUGGUCUACCUCACACCACGUUGCCUCUCCUAAACAUUGUUGAAAGUCAAUCAGAGUAGUGAAAUCUUAUCAGUGAUGAUACGUUGCGAUAUGGAAAGAGGUAUUUAAGCUUAAAAACGUACGAAAGUAGGUAGUAAUCAGGAGUUAAGUCUUAGAGACAUGGAUCGUUGGGUUGGUAAAGUUGCCGUCGUGACCGGCGCGAGUGCUGGAAUCGGUGCCGCGAUUUCCGAGGCCCUGGUCAAGGAGGGUCUCCUGGUCGUUGGAUUUGCCAGACGGCUGGUGAAAUUGGAAGUUUUAGCAAAAGGUUUUCAAGGUUUAAAAGGAAAGUUUUACGUAAGACAGUGCGACGUAAGUAAUGAAGCCGAUCUCGUUGCGGCUUUCAAUUGGGUGAAGACCGAACUCGGAGGCAUCGACGUCCUCGUCAACAACGCCGGUGUGAUAAAUUCGCGAAAAUUCUUAGAUGACGAUGUCCCUUCCUUGCGUAAUAUGUUGAACGUGAAUUUCUUGGCCACCGCAAUCGGUACCCAAGAGGCGGUGGCUUCGAUGAAGAGCAGGAAGGUCCCGGGUCAUAUCAUCAAUAUAAACAGCGUUGCUGGACAUGCUACUCCUCCUGUGCCCUUGGCCAUAAGUGCUUACUGCUCAACUAAAUACGCGGUAACAGCCUUAACUGAUACGGUGAGGAAGGAACUCGCCGCAGCGAAUUCUGAAAUCAAAAUAACGAGUGUAAGUCCAGGGUUUGUGGUAACGGAAAUUCUACAGAAGGCAGCAUAUGACGCUACUGUCUUGGAAAAAUUCCGAAACGUUCCUCACCUCGAACCUAAGGACAUUGCCGAUGCCGUCGUUUAUAUUCUAGGAACUCCGCAAAACGUCCAGAUAACCGAAUUAACUAUUCGACCCCUGAACGAGAAGAUGUAAAACCCAAGCUGAGGAUUUGACGACGCAUUCGCAGAUGUGCCUAACUAUUGUGGCCAGUGUAAGACGAGAAAUAAAAGUACCUCCGCAA